AUGGGAAACUGCACAUCGUCAGUCGAAGAGGACGGAUCACCAUCGCCAUACACCCAAGAUCCAAGGAAACAACCGCAAUGGUUUCAGCAACAGCAGAUGCAGAAUCAGCAAGCACCCCCACCGCCGUUUCCUGCACAGACACAAACCUUUCAGACGCAGCCUGCUUUCCAAGCGCAAGGUCGCCCGCAGGGUGUCCCUCCGGCCAGUAACAACCCAUACACCAACCCCUCUGCAUGGAGUGAGAAAGAGCCGAUUCAGGACCAAGGUUCGGGUGAAGCUAUAGCGGGAAAUGCGCCGAUCGCUCGAAAGACUGGAGAAGUCCUUGUGAUCAGCUACGACAUAGGAACGACUGCGUCUGGAUGUGCGUACAUGUACAGAGAUUCUAGCGGAGAAAUCGGAUUUGGACCCGAAGUUGUGGAUCAGUGGCCUGGACAGACCGCAACCUCUCUCGGAAAGACUCCGUCUAUCCUCUUCUAUGACCAAGGUGGGCAUUGUAGGCCAGAAUGGGGAGCAGAAUGUCUGGCUCCAAAAUGGACUCCAGGUAGAUUGUCCUCCUUGGGAAUACACAAGACAGAGUGGUUCAAGCUUCAUGUUGAUCCGGCAUCUGGUCCGACACUGCGUAACGGGCCAGAGUACCAAUUGCCUCCGCGCGUGUCAGUGUAUCAAGUCUACACAGACUACAUGACCAGGCUCCACUCGGCAGCCAUUGCAAGACUGAAGAGUAGGCGUGGCGCCGACCUUUUCGACAGGUUGAGCGCUGAAGGCCGAGUUCAAUACAUCCUUACGAUUCCAGCCGCUUGGCAGAAACCAUCUAUCGUUGGAGAACUCCGAAGAUGCGCUCUGCGAGCUGGUCUCAUAACAACGGAGGAUUCGACGGCACUGGACUUUUGCGCCGAGCCCGAGGCGAGCGCUCUAGAAUGCGUGGGUACUUUCCUCGCGUCCACUUUUAAUGCCGCGAAGCAGCUUGUCUUGACCUCAAACGACAUAUUUACGGUCGUCGAUGCCGGUGGUGGAACGGUGGACCUGACAUCCUAUCAAGUUUUGACUCCAAACCCGUACCUUACCCUCAAAGAGAUCGACAUUCACAGUACCCGUUGUCUGUACGAAGGUGGCACUUUCGUCGACGCCAGCUUUGAGCUCUUUUUGCGAGACAAGCUCUGCAGAGAAUAUCCCGCCAUCUAUCAAGAGCGGCAUGUAGCAAGAGGAGUCAAAGAGUUUGCCUCAUCUAUCAAAAUUCAAUUCGGCAGUCGCGGACACAGUUCCACCUUUUUGACCCUCAGCGACGAAGAUGAAUAUGACCAAGGAUGUAUCGAGCUACAUUGGCACGAGAUUGAGCAGUGCUUCAAGCCACAAGUUGACAAGAUCGUAUCCGCCGUUCGAGGCCAGGUAACAAGUCACUUGGGCCAGAGCAAGGUCAUCUUCUGCUCCGGGGGCUUUGGCAGCAAUGACUAUCUACGGGAUAGGCUUGCAAGCGAAUUCCCCGGGAUUCAAGUUCUUCAACCCGGAGAUAAGAGCGCUGGAUCCAAAGCGGUCUGUUUGGGAGCGACUCGCUACGGAAUCUUCAGAAGCGUCAAAAGUCGAACCUGUUCCUCUUGGUAUGGUGUACAGACAUUUAGAGACUAUAAGAGCUCAGACCAGAAUUUGGACGGAGCAUUGGCCCACACGGGAGUCGGCAAACGCGGCCAGAAGAUCUUGAACCGAGUCUUCUCCCCGAUGCUCUCACCUGGGGAGAGCAUAGAAGACGAUGAGUGGCGCAGCGCACCAUUCACCAUGCACUUGGCCGAUAACGCCUCUGCUGUCCGUAAAGGUUAUCUCGUAUUUUUCCAAAGUGACCGGUUUGCCAAACCGACUUUUACAGAUGAGAUCGGAUCCACCCAACUAUGUCGGGUUGACGUGUUCAUACCUCCCCACGUUGCCGGUAAACCAAUCAUUGCAGCUAAUGGAGACCGAUUCCGAUCGUACGAUAUCAUUGUGUGGCUAUCGCUGGGGAGAGCAGAUCUUCGAACUCGAGUGUCAGUAGACAACGUGGAAUCCGGAGGUGGCACAGUCUCGUGGCAGCAAUGAUAGUCUUGUAUCUUGUAUCAGGUCAGAUUGACCGUCUGCUGGAUUUUGAGGUUUUUCUGCAUGCAUC